AUGUUCCUGCGUAGUCUGCUGCCACUCUGCGCGCUGCUAUCAUGGAGCGUAAACUCGAUGCGAGCUGACCACCUGUCGCAACUGCGCCUCGACACGGUAGACACUUUUUAUCAUGGCUACCGCAAUUACAUGCAUCACGCGUUUCCCGAGGACGAGCUGCGACCCCUCACGUGCUCUUCGUUGACCAGAGACCGCAGCAACCCCGACCGAAUCGAUCUGAACGACGCCUUGGGGAACUACUCGUUAACCCUGAUCGACAGCCUAUCGACGCUUGCCAUCCUGGCGGGAGGGCCGCAGGACGGCUCGUACACUGGGCCGCAGGCCCUCAGCGACUUUCAAGACGGCAUCGCCAAUUUCGUCCACCACUACGGCGACGGGAGACCGGGGCCUUCGGGUACCGGGAUUCGGGCCACAGGCUUCGAUCUCGACAGCAAGGUCCAGGUUUUCGAAACCGUAAUUCGCGGCCUUGGGGGCCUGCUGAGUGCCCACCUGUUCGCCAUCGGAGAACUGCCCAUUACCGGAUACGACCCGAAACCGAUGAGCGAAUCUCCAGCGAGCGACGACCCUCUGGAGCUGGCACCCAUACCGUGGCCAAACGGGUUCAAGUAUGAUGGCCAACUCUUGAGGCUGGCGCUCGAUCUUGGGCAGAGGCUCUUGCCUGCAUUCUACACCACGACCGGCAUACCCUACCCUCGCGUGAACCUCCGGGCCGGAAUCCCAUUCUACGUCAACUCUCCCCUGAACCAACCCUCUGGCGAGGCGACGGAGUCGGAUGGACGGACCGAGAUCACCGAAACAUGCAGCGCUGGAGCCGGUAGCCUGACGCUGGAGUUCACCGUGUUGAGUCGUCUGACUGGCGAUCCGCGCUUUGAGCAGGUGGCGAAGAGGGCCUUCUGGGAAGUCUGGAGCAGGAGGAGUGAAAUUGGCCUGAUCGGAAACGGCCUCGAUGCCGAGGGCGGUCAGUGGAUAGGCCCCCACUCCGGUAUCGGGGCCGGCAUGGAUAGCUUCUUCGAGUACGCGCUCAAGAGUCAUAUACUAUUGUCCGGGCAUAGCAUGCCAAACGAAUCGACGACUCAACGGAAAUCCACAACCGAUUGGUUGGAUCCAAACUCGCUCCAUGGGCCCCUUCCAGCCGAGAUGCAUUCGUCCGACGCCUUCCUUGAGGCCUGGCAUCAAGCGCACGCGUCCGUCAAGCGGCACAUCUACAAUGAUCGGAACCAUUAUCCAUACUACUCCAACAACCAUCGGGCAACCGGUCAGCCUUAUACCACGUGGAUCGACAGCCUCGGUGCCUUUUACCCUGGCCUCCUCGCUUUGGCCGGAGAGGUGGAGGAGGCCAUCGAGGCGAACCUCGUCUAUACUGCGCUUUGGACUCGAUAUGCGGCCAUUCCCGAACGCUGGUCCAUCCGUGAGAACAACGUGGUGGCGGGGAUCGGAUGGUGGCCCGGGAGACCCGAGUUUAUCGAGUCGACGUACCACAUAUACCGCGCCACGCGGGAUCCCUGGUACUUGCACGUCGGUGAGAUGGUGCUGAAGGACAUUAGGCGGCGCUGCUAUGCCCCCUGCGGUUGGGCUGGCUUGCAAGAUGUCCAGACGGGGGAGAAGCAGGACCGCAUGGAGAGCUUCUUUCUCGGCGAGACGACCAAGUACAUGUACCUGCUUUUCGACCCGGACCAUCCGCUGAACAAUCUGGAUGCCGCGUACGUCUUCACGACAGAAGGCCACCCCUUGAUAUUGCCGAAGGAGACGAGAUCGGAGCGAGGAUCUCGGACUCAUGAUGGUGGGAAGGGCAAAUCCGUCUACAAAUACUACGAUGACAGCUUCACAAACUCGUGCCCGGCGCCGAUAUUAGCGGAUUCUCUGUCAAUGUCUGCCACGGCGGCACGGCGGCAGCUGUUCGACGUCUCGCGCUUUACCAAUCUCCAUAACACGCCCAACAUACACGGGCCGGUGGAGAUGGUUCAAGUUGAGGACACGACGACGGAUGGUCCAGUCACCAAGUACAGAGCCCUCUCCAACUACACGAUUUUCCCCUGGACACUUCCACCCAGCCUGCUUCCGCUGAACGGGACCUGUGCUGCUCCUUCCGAGCGAGUCAUCUCACGUCUCGAAUUUCCUGCCGCCGAUGUGGCCAGCUCGCUGCUGUCAACGCUUGGCGCCUCCCUGACGUGGUACAGCUACGUCGGGCCGACGGUGAGAAAACUCGAGGGAUUGAGGCUCCAGUUGGAAAGGGAGCACAGCGAGGCCCAUGGCGAUGACGUCUGGAAGAUAACCCAUCUUGGAAAUGUCCAGCUUGGUCGGCACGAGACGGUUUUCUUUUAUGCGGAGCAUGUGAAAGACCUCAAGGACGAAGCCUUCACUUGCAGGAGGCGAGCCGAUGCCGUGGAGAUUGAGCUGCUCGUCGACUUCCCUACCGAGAAGAGCGAGACGAUGCCUGUUUCGGCAGACACUGGCGCUGCCUCGAGCGGAUCUCCGAGCGGACCCCCGAGCGGACCCCCGAGCGACGGAGCAGGGCUGGAUGAGAGCAACAAGGAUGACCUCGCCACUUCGGCCCAAACGUCACUCCUCAAACACCUCCUUCGAGCCGUAUCGUCCGUCUUCGAGCCCACCCAUACCGACUUCCCCUCAGCCGACGGGUCUCCCGGCGCGGCGCCCAUCCUCUCCUUUUUCGGCCACACGGCCGGCGGCCCCGGAGCCUUCCCGGUCCAUUCGAUGGACGACACACCCAUCCAAGGCUCGCCGUACUAUGAUGCCGAGAAUCCGACAAGUAACUUUCCCUGGUCGAGCAUAUUUCUCGCCGACUACGCAUGCGAUGGGCCCCUCCCAGAUGCCGCGAGCCGCGAUCACCAGCUCAUUGUCAUGCGCCGCGGACGGUGUUCUUUCAGCGACAAGCUGAGCAAGGUUCCGAUUUUCUUUCCCAGCACGAAUUCGCUACAGCUUGUCAUCAUUGUCGACGAGACCGACGAGGGCUCGCGCCUCGAAGGCGGCACAGAACGGCCUUUUCUCGUCGAGGAGCAACUCACGCCCAACGGCAACAAGCGUCUUCACGGUGUGCCGAUGGUCCUCAUUAGUGGCGAACGAGGAGACUAUGAGCGAUUCGGCAAGGCCUCUGCGGCGGGCAUGCGACGAAAGUAUCGGGUGGAAAGCGAAGGGCUGUUGAUUGAGAACGCUGUCGUCGUGUAA